AUGGACAGAAGGUUUCAGUUGGGGUAUGGAUUGAAGAAAUCACUACAAACCAAGAGUUAAUGCCCUUUCACAAUUUGAAAAGGAAGGCCUUAACAAGAAUAUGUAAAAAAAAAAAAGACCAAUCCCAGUGCUUGUGGGCUGAUUAGUGAUGGCCAACCUCUGCAAUAUUCCAGAAACAGGGUGGGGAAAGAGUGAGGGAAAACCGAUAUAACAUCAUUCCAGAUUCUGGCAGGAUUCAUAUCAGUUAUGUCCUCUUCACUGUCUUAUGAUGCAGACUCUUGAAGAAGGGGAACUCUGCUUUCCAAAAUUGUUCAACUCAUCCUGUAGGAAGACCACCCAGCCUCCCUCUACCUCCAUGCUCAUUUAUAUUACACUGUCCUCCAUCUCUUUGCUUACUGUUACUCUUAAUAUGCUGGUCAUCAUCUCCAUCUCACACUUUAGGAAGCUCCACAGCCCCACCAACUUCCUCCUCCUCUCUCUGGCGGUCUCAGACUGCAUGGUGGGGUUCCUCAUUUCCUUUCAAAUCAUCCUCAUAGAUGGCUGCUGGUAUCUCGGGGACCUCAUGUGUGCAAUGUACCUUGUUUAUGAUUAUAUUGCUGCUUCUACUUCAAUAGGAACCAUGGUGCUCAUCUCAGUUGACCGCUAUGUGGCCAUUUGUUACCCCUUUUUUUACUUCAGCAAAGUGACUGCAGAAAGAACAAAGAUGUGUAUUUUACUGUGUUGGAUGUGUUUUAUUCUCUAUCAGACUCUUCUGCUGAAGGAAAAUCUGCAAAACCCUGGUAGAUAUAAAACCUGCUCUGGAGAGUGUGUGGUUUUUCUUAACUACUUUGAGGGAUUUCUUGAUCUGUUUUUCUCCUUUAUUGGACCCAUUACUGUCAUUAUAGUUUUAUAUUCAAGAGUGUUUGUGGUGGCUGUGUCUCAGGCUCGUUCCAUGCGCUCUCAGGUUGCAGCUGUCACUCUUCAUGGUUCAGUGAGAUUUAAAGCUAAGAAGUCUGAGAUGAAGGCAGCCAUGAUUCUUGGUGUUGUUGUUGUUGUGUUUCUUUUAUGUACCUGUCCAUAUUUCUGUCUUACACUUACAACACAAGAUACUGGAGUCAGUGCUUCAUCUGUGACUUUUCUCUUGUUCUAUUUUAAUUCCACUCUAAACCCUCUGAUCUAUGUCCUGUUUUACCCCUGGUUCAGGAAAUCCGUUAAAUUAAUUCUUACUCUCCGGAUCCUGGAGCCUGGCUCAUGUGACACCAAUGUUGUGUGAGAAGAGAAAAUUAACUUCUCACUCAGAAAUGUUAAGGACAAGGGCAAGCCAGUUUCAUGAACCCUAAAAAAUGUAUGGUAUUCCUUCUGCUGUUUUUUGAUGCCAAAUAGUAAAAAAUACUUUGUAAAAAUGUGAGAUGCUCUUCGUUUUCAUAUUGCUUCAUAAAUAUAUCAACAAGACUUAAAAGGGAAAAGUUAAACAACGCAGCAAAGUUUGCAGUAAUAAUACAUGAUAUUAAUUGAUUGUUUUUCAAAAAAUGUUGCUCAUUUCACAAAAUGUGCGAUACAGAUCAUUUUGCACUGCUGUUUUUGGUGAGUUUCUGCAAAUAAAAUCAAAUGUAUGAAUAUGACAUAGUAGCAUUAAAAUUUUAUGUUGGAAAAUAUCGGUCUUUGUACUGGUUUAAUGACCCAACCUUUGCAUACAAUGCACAUAUUUGACAUCAAUUUCUUCAGCUUCCUUUCCUCUUUCUCAAAAUAAUCUGAAAAUCUGAAGUUUAGCUUUUCAGAUAUUUUAGUUUUAUUUGGCACAACUUGUGGAUAUGUAGGAAUCUGCCCUGUAUAGUGAGACUUAAAUAGAAUAGACUUUAUUGAUCUCACAGUGGAGAAAUGUACUUGUUAAGGCAGCAUAGACUUAGAGAAAAACAAUACAAGUAAAUACACAGAGGCAGUAGGUUAUUAUUGUAACCUUCAGCAAUUAAGGUAGUGAAUAAAAAUAGAUAAUUGAUUUUCCAAAAAGAAACAGCAUAGAGGACACAAACAUCUACCAGGGUUUUGCAGAUUUUCCUCCAGGAGAAGAGGCUGCAUCCAGGUGUUGCACAUAUAGCACUGAUGUUAGUGUAUCAGGACAAUGUCAGUUACAGCUCAAGCAUGUGGGUGUCAGGAUCAGUGGAGAAGAACAGGAGAGAAAGAGGCUGUAGCAUGUCAGUGAACCCAAAUGCAGAAUUCAGAGCGCUGGAUGAAAACAGACAGGUGAUUUAAUCUAGGAGCUAUGAGCAGUUCACCGAAGGAAUCGGGAAUGCUAAUAGGUCUAGCGGGAAUAGUAACAGGAAAGGAAUUACUUUUGUAGUCCCGGUUUAAGGGGGGCAGCAAGCUGCUGCAUGAUGACAGAUGUUCGUAAAAAAAAAUCUUAAUGAAACCUCCUGAAGAAAGUAACUCUACGACCUUCUUUCUUU